AAUUCUAUAGGGAAGAAAGCUAGGAACACAGGGUCGUGUGAUGUUGGCUAGGCUACAGAUUGUUUCGUUGGUUUCGAAGUUUCGACACAGCUCGCACGGCUACGGGACGGCCAAGAAUAGCAAAGAGCACGCGAAUCUAGCCGCCUUGUAACCGAGUCUGGUGAAGGCGACCGACCGCUCCCUCCGUGGUCCGUCAGAACGAGCGAUUAUUUAACGUAAAAUAAUUUUCAUCGCGCGACACACGCGAUCCGUGUUCGUAGUCGUAUAUGGAGGUAAGAAGCGGAAAACGGCGGUUUCAGCGUGUCGAAUCACGCAAAGUGAACUGAAUAGUGUAGUGGCCUCGGUGAAGUAAGAUCCAAAAAACGCGGAGAAGAAGAAAAGAACGAGAUAGAGAGAGCGAAAGAGAGAGCGAGCGAGCGAGAGAGAAAGAGAGCACGUAGAAGGAUAGGGGAAAGAGAAGAAGAGACCGUGCGAAGUGGUUAGAAGGUUCUACGAGUGCAAUCGUGCGUGUUUUCUCGGGCAAUGUCUGUCGAGAGUCGUUCGAGCUCGGCCCUGUUUAAGAGGGCUGAACAGCUCAAACGUUGGGAACAGUCCGAAACGAAUCGUGAACCGGCCCUACCACGUCAGGUUGCCAGGAAGAUUAAGUUCUCCGCGGAUUGCGUGUUCCUUGCAGCGUGUGCGGCAGGCGACAAGGAGGAGGUCGUACGAUUACUCCAAAAGGGGGCGGAUAUCAACACCGGAAACGUAGAUGGUCUCACGGCGUUACACCAGGCCUGUAUCAAUGAUGAUUUGGACAUGGUCGAGUUUUUAGUAGAAAAGGGAGCUGAUAUCAACCGUGGUGAUAAUGAAGGAUGGACACCACUGCAUGCAACUGCGUCUUGUGGUCUUAUAUCUAUUGCUAAAUAUUUAAUAGAAAAAGGAUGUGAUUUGGCUGCAGUUAACAAUGAUGGAGAACUAGCUCUUGACAUUGCACAAAGCAAUGAGAUGGAGGAAAUGUUACAGCAACAUAUAAAUGAAUCUGGCAUAGACUGUGAUCAUGCUAGAAGUGAAGAAGAAAGAUCAAUGUUAAAUGACGCUAAAGCAUGGAGGUCAGGAGCAACGGGUAAAGACUCAGUACACCCUAAAACAGGAGCUACCGCAUUACAUGUUGCAGCUGCUAAAGGCUAUACUAAAGUUAUGAACAUUUUACUGCAGGCUAAAUGCGAUGUUAAUGCUCAGGAUUUUGAUGGUUGGACACCCUUGCAUGCUGCAGCACAUUGGGGACAAUUUGAAGCCUGCAAGCUUUUAGUGGAAAAUUUCUGUAAUAUGGAUAUUAAGAACUAUGCUGAUCAAACUGCAUUUGAUAUCGCAGAUACAGAUAUAUUAUCAGCCUUAAGUUUUCUAAGAGACAAACAGAAACUUAUGAUGAAAUGUGUAACAACGACCAAUGAAAAUACGUUAACAACAGAAGAAUCUGUGGAAACCUUUGAAGAAGAAAUGCCAAAUGAAGUUAAAAAUGUCGAAUUAGAAAUUCAAUCUGAUAAAGAAAACUCUAGUACUGGAACAAAUAGUGAUGUUGCAAUUUGUAUUUCUUGUAACAAUGCUGCAUGGACAGAAGCGACACGUGAAACAUAUAUGGAGGAGAGUGAUGGUGAAGGUGAAUCUGAGACUAGCUCAGAAUCACAUUCUUCCACUUACUCCAAUCAAUCUGAUAAGUCUAACGAAUCAAACCACUCUUCAUGUCUUACAGAUGACGAAAAGAAAAAUAGAGCGAACCGGGAAGAAACAACCCAGAAUAAUUCAUCUAUUACUGACUCGAAUAAAGUUCCUAAUCAGGCUCCAAUAAUGCCUCCAAAACAACAGACUGAUAGCAAUGAAGAAGGAGUGAUACCAUCGUGGCGGCGUUCACGCCCGAUAAGAUACAUACAACCAGAUGCAACAAAUUCUUUAUCCACAAGACUCGAAGAGAAGGACAAAAACAUCAAAUCGCCGACUUUGUCAAACAAACUGAACACUGAACCUGACGUGGUAUUAACUAGAACGCAUAGUUUUGAAUCAGACGAAAAGUUCUAUGAGCAGUACUUGGCAUUACAAGCUCGCAUCAAGGCGCUUUCCUGCCCUACUCUCCAUUGCUGCAACGCAGCUACUCCUACUCACACCAAUACUACGACUCGCUCUGCAUCUCUACGCGAAACCCACAGAAGAAAAGAAGCAAAAUUAAACUUGGAACUAUCAAGACUGCCACAGGGAAGCAAUACACUUUCACCAACAUCCACAUCCAAAACAAUAGUGUCGAGCACACUGCCAACUACUACAGCUACAGCUACUACAACUGCCACAACAACAACUACAACAACAAGUCCUAUUCCAGCCAAUCAAAUGCGCAGCGUUCAACCAGUGGAAGCUACAACCACAGUUCUAUCGAGUGCAAACAAUUCAGUAGCAGUUCCGGGAACUCCUACUACACCAGGAGGAAGCAAGCUAAGUCCUGGAAAUAUCUUCAAGAAUUUCUUCAAGUCGUUUGUCCCUCCUGUUCGUGAUGAAGAAAGCGAAACGCAAAGAAAAGCGCACGCGAAGAGAGUAAGAGAAACUCGACGCUCGACUCAAGGUGUAACUUUAGAUGAAAUCAAAAGUGCAGAGCAGUUAGUGAAGAAAAAGCAACAAAAUAACGAAAUUCCUUCGACGAUAACUUCAACGCAGCCUACAACCACUACCAGCAAUACAGCCUCAAUUACAGCUACAAUAACAACUGCAACCCCAACUACGGUGACUGCAAAUAAACCUUCUGAAGAAGUUAACUUGCCUGAGAGGAGGCCUUCUUGGAGGUUGAAGGUAGAUAAUGGAAGCAAGUUUCAGUUAGAAGAUGCUACUAACAGGACUUCCACGCUACCUAAUGCAGAUACUACAACGGCGUAUAUGAGAAGACCUUCAGCAGGCUCGAGUGUACCCAGACCGUCAUCAGCUCCGAUCGAAACUAUUGCAACAAGCAGCGCAGAGACGACUGUAACAUUACCACUUAGACGAUCGUUAAAACAGCCUGAAGAUAAGGACCAAGAUAAAGAGAACGAUAGCAGAAAUGCGCAAGCUACACAAGCUGUUAUACAAAGGAGACGAAGACCUAAAAGACGGUCUACGGGUGUUGUUCAUGUUGAUAUGGACGAAAUUGAUCCUGAAAAACAAGACUUAACCGCUGGUGGCGAUUGUGAUGAAUCCAAAGUCAAUCAUAAUGAGAGUGGAAAUGAUCGUUCUGGAAGAUCUAACAGACUGGGAUCUAUUUCAUCAUUAUCAUCGGAAACACCUUCCAUAUCAGCUAGAAUAAAAUCUACAACAUCUGAGAACGGUGAAUUGGAUUAUAAGAAGCUGUAUGAAGAAUCUCAAGUGGAAAAUGAAAGGCUGAAAGAAAAACUGAGGCGAUCAGACGAACAAUUAAAAGAAGCCAGAAAUUUGUUGGACAAAGCGCAGAAUGUUCAAAACAAAACGGUUUUGUCCGAGGCAGAGAAACGAGAAAGGAGAGCAAUGGAAAGGAAAUUGUCGGAAAUGGAAGAGGAGUUAAAGGUAAUGGACCAAUUAAAAUGCGAAAACCAGAGGCUAAAAGAUGAAAACGGUGCCUUGAUCAGAGUAAUCAGCAAGUUAUCCAAAUAACUCCGGUGGUCUUAAAAUUUAAAAAAAAGAGAAAAGGCUGCAUAGCGUUUCUUCUAUUGCAUUACAAUUGCAUUGAAUGAAUUGUUUUAGACAAUAAAUUAUCACGAUCACAAUUGCUAGUAUUCUUGCAAUGUAUAUUUACGUCAUCACAUUAUUGAUGAAUUUAUUCUUAAUGCUAGUAAUUUAAUUUAUUAUCAAGCAAAUUAUCUCGCAUGGCUGUGCCAAGUGCGAAAAGAGACAUUGCUCCUAUUCUUAGGAUUGUGAAUAGCUGACCGUGAAGGAUCUAGAGUUUUUACUUUUUCUCAUACAUUUUAAAUCUUCCUCUCGAAGAUAAAUAUGGUUCAUUUUAGAGCCGACGCUUUAUAAAGCAAAAUGUACUUCAUUUGAAUCAAUGAAAGGCAAAUAUGUUCAUGACUAUUAUUUUUUUUUUUAAGAAAUCACGUUAUCAAUGUUAACUCUUUAUAAGGACAUUUUGUAAAUAUGUAAUAGAUAAAAUGAUAAUGUGGCAUUUUAGAGAUUAAUAAGAAAAAAUUUUUUACUUAA